UUCUUUCUGGUUUUUUAUAUGCUUGCUUGAACGUCAAAAAAGGAUGGACACUAAAGAGCAAGAAGACAUAGAUAAUGUCGCAUUUAAUACAUUUAUUGGGGUAUUAGUAUCCAUUUGUGGCAAUGCAUUGAUAUCCGUUGCCCUUAACUUACAAAAAAGAGCGCAUAAUAAAAUACAAGAAAAACAAAUGGCACAUUACUUUUCAAAUAUGGAUGAAUCUCCACAGUGGAUACCAUCUAGCGGAUUUUUCCCAGAUGACGGAUACUCUUCACCGAGGUCAUCGAUUGAAUCUUCAGUAACUGUGCCCAAUACUCACAACAAUAAUUCACAGUCUGAAGAAGAGUUCAUUGAACGACAGAAAUUUAUUAUGGCUCAGGAGUACGACAAAGGAGAUAAUACAGAUUAUUUAAAAUCAAAGCUAUGGUGGUUGGGAAUAACCUUGAUGAUUUUAGGUGAAGUUGGCAAUUUUGUUGCAUACGGAUUUGCCCCUGCAUCAACAAUAGCACCGUUAGGAACAACGACAUUGGUAUCAAACGCUAUAUUAGCACCAGUCAUGCUUAAAGAGGUAUUUAGAAAAAGGGAUCUCAUCGGUGUCACUUUGGCAGUAGCAGGCGCAGCUAUUGUCGUGCUUAGCUCGAAUUCUGAAGAAGUCGCAUUGUCGCCUGAGCUCAUCAUGGAUGCAAUCACACAAACACAGUCGAUUAUUUAUUUUAUCCUUACAGGCAUCACUGUUACUAUCUUGACCAUUCUGUCUCCUACCCAUGGCUCUUCAAGUAUCAUGGUUGAUUUGGGUCUAGUAGCAAUUUAUGGUGGAUACACUGUCCUUUCUACUAAAAGUGUCGCAUCUUUACUCAGCUUGACAUUGUUCAAGAUGUUUACGUACCCUGUUUCUUACUUACUCAUACUCGUUCUAGUCGUCACAGCCAUCUUACAGAUCAAAUAUUUAAAUAAGGCACUUCAAAGAUUCGACUCUACAGAAGUAAUCCCUACCCAAUUCGUUCUGUUUACGAUUUCAGCUAUUAUUGGAAGUGCUGUGCUCUAUCAUGACUUUGAUGGCAUGAGCCUUGAGCAGUUAUCAAGGUUCAUGGCUGGAUGUGCCAUUGAAUUUCUCGGAGUAUACCUUAUUACUUCCAAACGACCCAAACGUAUGCACCCUGCAUUAUCCAUUAGCGCAGAUAGCAGUCAUACAGCCAUUAUGCUACCCGAGCAUGAAUUGCCAUCUGAACAACAACAACAACAUCCCUUACGCGCUUCAAAACGUGUUUCUUUAAUCUUGCCAACCGUUAAUUCAUCUUCUGCUCGUGAGGAUGCUGUCUAUACCCAUCCAAGCACACACAGUGGCCAUUCAAACCAGAGCACGGUUACGAACAACAGUAAUAAUAACGCCAGCAAACGUCGUAGCUCAGUGUUUAGGGGUAUAUCUAUGGCUUCACAACUGCUGGAUAGAGAUGAUGAGCCAUUUCAAUUACCUUCGUCACAAAGAGACUCGGGGCUAUUUUUGAAUACAACAGGAAAUAUAUUAGCAGGAAUUAGUUCUCUGAUUGCAGAACAUCAACAUCAUCAACAACAACAAGAUUUGCAUGAUAAUGAUGCGGUCGAAAUAGAUAUACCAACUUCAUUUUCACUUAUAGAUCGUGAAUUAAUGCCCAUGACAAGGGGAGCAGAGCAUGGUGAUAAGAAAAUAUCCAAGCUAGUAGACAUUGACGAAUAGUUGCAUUUAUUUUUUAUUUUUUUUCUGUCUUCAAUACCAGUUGUAUCACUUAAUAUACCUCAAAUGUCAUGUUUAAUCUACUUCCACGAUACCAAUUCAAGAAUAGGUCCAUGCACGGUAUUUAAUUAGUAUGAAAAUAUUAAAAAAAUAGUCAUUUCGAUCUACUCUUUUUAUGGAAUAAUCAAUGAUAAAAGGUAUCAGGAAUGAAUCGGAUCGACGCCUAAAGUUUCUUAAGGAG